CUGCUUCUCUAUGUAUAGACACAGGGAGAGGGAAAGAGUGAACGCAAGGAUAAGACAUAGAUAUAGACAGCUGGGAUAGACCAAGCAGAAAAAAAAAAUGUUUUUUUCUUUGGUUUUCAUAAAUAAAUAAAUACGGAUAUAUUCCAAAAGAAGAGCAAAAUAAAAGUGCGUAAGCGAAAGAGCAUGAAAGGGCAAAGGAAAUUGAGAGCCAUUUUGAAAGUGAGGAGAAUGAUAAUGUCACGGGAAUAAAUAACAAAUUUUCUUGGACAAAACAAAUGAUACAUUUUUAAACAGGUGGAAAAUAGCUUGUAAAUGUGCACAGACGAUUUGUGGUUAGACAGACAUAAAUAACCAAAGUUCUUAGCUAUUGAAGGAUUUUUAUAAAAAAAAGAGAUAUUGGUAAAAGAAAAAAAAGCUCAUAUACAAUUGUGGAUGGAGGGGUCCAACAGCCCUCGUUUCAGGAAGCUCCAUUUCCCUGUGGGUCUGUGGAUAAAUUCUCCCCGAAAACACUUUGCCAAACUGGGGGCUCGUUGGCCCAGCGCAGCCUCUGUAAAAUCCACCACCAGCUCAGAUGCCGCCUCUCUGCACGAGGCUCCCACCGCUCCUUCGUCCACCCUCUCCCUCUCCACCCCUUCCCUAGCUCCCCCCUCCCCCUCCCCUUCUCCCUUCCUCCGGCCCCGUCCUGCCGCCCCUCAGUCCCGCGCCAAGCGCCUGUCUCACCUCUUCCUGAGGGGCCGGUCGAACAGCGACCGGGACCGAGCGGUCGGGGACAGGGAGAGGGAAGUGUGGGCGCACUCCGCAGCAUCGUCCUCCCACUACAUGCCCCCGGCCUCCUCCUCAACCCCGGGGCUCAUUAAGAUCUACGGAGAUGCCCUCUCCAGCGGAGCCAACUACAGAAGCCUGCUGGCCAACGUUCACUCCACCGCCCACCAGCUCAUCUCGCAGGUCAUAACCCGCUACACUGAAAGAGAAAGGGAGGGAGAGACUGAGGAUGGAGCUUUCCACAAACCCAGCCCUGAUGACUUCCUGCUGUGUGAUGUCAUUGGGAAGCCCAUUGUACAGCCCAACGGGACCAUCCGAUGGGAGACAGAGUGCCGGAGGGGUGUGGCCUCAUGGGAAUGUCCCCUGCUUCUGAUUGACAUGUGGAAGCCAAAGGAGGGGUUCGAGCGGCGUUUCGAGAUCCAGAGAAAGGAUGACUAUGAGCGGGAGGAGAGGGCCAAAGAGAAGGAACGAAAGAGGGACGGGGAGAAUUACUCAGUGCCGUGGAGGCGAAGUCGCAUGUCAUCGGGGGGCGGAGCAGAAGAGACCGAGCGCGGCUUCCGGGGUAGGAACACGGAGUUGCGCAGAAGCAUCAGCGACAUGAACCUGAGUCUGCGACGUCGCCAGGGGCAACACGCCGGCAAUGACAACCGCCGUCCCAGCAACCCCGGGAGCAACACCGGAGGAGCUCAGGAUAGAAAGAACAUCAUAAGCAUGAUAGCGACAGACACAGGAGAGGUGCUGGGGUCAAAGGUUGGAAGUGAAAGGGACAGGAGACCCCAAGAACAUGAGGAGGAUAAUGAUACAUGUGAUCUGGAAGUGAUGUCACAGAGCCUGAUCCUUCCACCCACAGACCGCCCUUACUUCCUGUUGCUGCAGGGAUACGACCAGAGCAAGGACUUUGUGCUCUACAUCAUGACCGGCCAUGCACAUGUCUUUGGGAAAAAACCCUCACCAAGGGAACGAGAGAAGGACAGGGAGAGGGAGAGGAAGGGGAGGAAGCCUCUGAAAGUGGACACCUUUCUUUCGGCCCCCGACCUGCUGGCCCGCCACCUGUUGGUCAGGAGAGAUGCUGCCCUGCCCGGGCACGAUUCCAAACAUGCUCUCGUGCGCCCCUUCAGGGGUGGUGCUGUCAUGCACAAUGGGGUGCCGCUGUACAGGGAGGCAGAGCUGAAGCCAGGAGACCUGCUAGGUUUGGGAGGCCACUUCCUCUUCCUGUAUCGUGACCCCCGUGUGACCCCCAGCCCGCCACCUGCCUUUCCUUUCCCAUGGCAGCAGGAUUCCUCCACCCCCUGUUGCCCAGGGGGCUUAGUGGACAGGCAGGAGGUUCUGCGGCAGUAUCUUGGAUCCACUGACGCGGUGCUGAAGUUUCACCCCAGACAUGCCGAUGCUCUGCUACAGGAGAUCAUGUUGAAGAACUCCUCUCCUGAUGCAGGGUGUGGACCUCUAGCUCCAGCAUAUCUCCUGUCAGUUAUGAUUGACUAUGCCUCCAAGCACUUGGAUCCUGCACUCAUUCCCCAGCUACUGUUAAAGUCAGCCAAUCAAAUCAAAACGAUAGUCUGGGAAAACAUUAAAGAAUUUGGGGAAAAGCAUCCCACACAAAAUUCUACAGAUCAAGAAGGGGAAGUGAGCACACCUAGCAUACAGGAGGUGUCUUCUGACCUUCGACCCCUAAUGUUCUGGAUGUCCAAUGCCACAGAACUCCUAAACUUCUUCCAGGUCAAAGUAGAAGCCAUGGAGAAAGAAUGGGAAUUUGAGGCUCCCGGUGACCCUGUCUUGUCAGCUGACAUGGAUACUUGCUCAGAAGCCCUGGCACAACUUGAUGAUGUCAUAAUGCACACUUUCCAGCAGUGUGUGUAUCACUUGACCAAGACACUGUACUCCCUGCUUCCAGCUCUGUUGGACACAAACCCAUUCUCCAGCGAAGAGAAGGAGAAAGACAAAGAUGGGACAAAGGAAGAGGGAGGGAGCGAGGGUGGUGGAGAAGAGGGGGAAGAUGACGUGUCUUCCCUCCCUCCCACCGUCGCCGGUCUGGUGGAAGUGUACCGCCGUUCCCUCAUGCUAUCUCGAGAGGCUUGCCUCUCUCCACCCAUCACCUCCCAGACAUUUGGAUAUCUCUUCUUCUUCACCAACACCUCCCUGCUGAACACUUUGCUGGAGAGAGACGGGUUGUUCUCUUGGUCCCGGGCGGUCCAGAUCCGCACAAACCUGGACCUGGUCCUUGACUGGCUGCAGGCUGAAGGCCUAGGUGACAUCGCUUCUGAAUUCCUAAAAAAGCUGUCAAUCACUGUCAACUUCCUAUGCAUCCCAAAGACCCGUCUCAUCCAGUCUUCCUGGUCCAGCCUACAGGAAGAUUAUUCCUUGCUAAGCCCUUCACAGCUCCACCAUCUUCUGACUCAUUAUAAGCUGGGACCUGCUAGAGCACCGCCUAUUUCCUGGUCCCCACCCCCUGGGACAGAACUUGGUGGAGAUAUUUUUGAAAGCUUCUUGGACCAUCCGCCUCUAAUUCUGCCCAAUGAGACACCUCGACUGGACCUUACCCAGCCAAUUCCGAGUCCUGAACUUCAACAGGAAGUGACACGCCUGCGUAGUUUCUUGUGGGGACUUGAUCAGGAUGAGCUCCCCGCCAAUCAAAGGACCAGGCUAUAAGACUGAGAGUUAUCCAGCCCUGAUAGGGGUACAGUAAUUGACUGAUCUGGCUGGUACUACCAGUAAAUCUUUCUUGAAAAAGCUCCCAAUGAAAAGGAAAUGUGAUUUGAUUUUGGGGCUGAAAGGCAGUGAUAUUUGUUGAAAGUCAGUUAUUCAGACAGGGCUCUGUUAAAAUGCAUAACAGUUUCACAUAUAAAGAAUAUAAUUUAAUAAAGAUACUUAAACUUAAAAAAUGAAUAAUUGGUUUGGACACUAGGCUACACUAUCUUAUUGUUCACUCUGAGAUGUAAAAAGACUGUGAACAGUAUCUAUACCUAUAGACCACUGUUAAUAUAUAAACCUACCCUUUAUUUUGAUUGUAUUUCACUCUCUUGUGAUGUAUUUUCUAUCACAGAAUCAAUAAAAAUAUAUUAUUAAUUUAA